GUGAUGACUCUGGAGUCCAUGAUGGCCUGUUGCAUGAGCGAAGAGGCGAAGGAGUCCAAAAGAAUUAACGCCGAGAUCGACAAGCAGCUCCGGAGAGACAAACGAGAUUCGAGACGAGAGCUCAAACUCCUCUUGCUGGGCACAGGCGAGAGCGGCAAGAGUACAUUCAUCAAACAGAUGCGCAUCAUUCACGGGACGGGCUACACCGACGAGGACAAGCGCGGCUUCACCAAACUUGUCUACCAGAACAUCUUCACCUCCAUGCAGUCCAUGAUCCGUGCCACCGAGCACCUCAAGAUCCCGUUCAAAUACGAAGAGAACAAGAACAAUGCUCUGCUGGUGCGAGAGGUCGACGUGGAGAAGGUUUGCUCCUUCGACCAGCCCUAUGUUAGUGCAAUAAAGAUGCUCUGGUCAGAUCCAGGCAUCCAGGAAGCCUACGACCGCAGGCGAGAGUACCAGCUCUCUGACUCCACUAAAUAUUACCUUAGCGAUUUAGAUCGUAUAUCGAUUCCGGGAUACGUGCCCAGCCAGCAGGAUGUGCUGAGGGUCCGAGUGCCCACUACUGGCAUCAUAGAGUAUCCCUUUGACCUGGAGAAUAUAAUCUUCAGCUAUCUAAGCGAUUUGGACCGUAUCGCAGACCCGUCGUAUCUGCCGACUCAACAAGAUGUGCUUAGGGUUCGCAUCCCUACCACAGGGAUUAUUGAGUAUCCCUUCGACUUGCAAAGCAUCAUUUUCAGGAUGGUGGAUGUCGGAGGGCAAAGAUCAGAGCGCAGGAAGUGGAUCCACUGCUUUGAGAACGUCACGUCUAUCAUGUUCCUGGUUGCCUUGAGCGAAUACGACCAGGUCCUUGUGGAAUCUGACAAUGAGAAUCGCAUGGAGGAAAGCAAAGCGCUGUUUCGCACAAUCAUCACCUACCCCUGGUUCAUGAACUCUUCAGUCAUUCUGUUCCUGAACAAGAAGGACCUUCUGGAGGAGAAGAUCAUGUACUCUCACCUGGUGGACUAUUUCCCUGAAUUUGAUGGUCCGCAGAGGGACGCCCAGGCGGGCCGCGAGUUCAUCCUGAAGAUGUUUGUUGACCUGAACCCGGACAGUGACAAGAUCAUCUACUCGCACUUCACCUGCGCCACAGACACCGAAAACAUCCGCUUCGUCUUCGCGGCGGUCAAGGACACCAUCCUGCAGCACAACCUCAAAGAGUACAACCUAGUGUGAGAGAGAGAUCGAACGAGAGUGAGACACCUGCAGCCCACACAUGGCCGAAAGCACUACACACCUCACACGCAGAAACACAUGCACGGGAACCGUGCGGACACACCUUCACCCUCAUUAGGCACUGGAUCUUCUCAUAGUCCUUUUCUUUGCCUGUUUUUUCCUCUCUUCCUGAGUGUCGACCCCUAUUGCUGAUAGCUUUAUCAUCCAAUCUUCCUCAAACACGAAGGCUGGGCCGUUUAACUGGUGCCUAAUGACAAAGAGCAUUCGUUUGCUCUGUAGAUGGGCUGUAGGUGGGCUCUACCUGAAUGAAACUGAGGUAUGAAUUUAAUGGAAACACUCUGUGAAGAUGCAAUGCGUCCAUAACGAAGAGUGGGCGACAUUCUUGAAGGACUUCACCUUGCAUCACUGAAUUUAACCAGGUGUUAGUUCUGCAAUCACAUGCUAUAACACUAGAGGUGGAGGUGAUUUGAUUUAAUACUAUUUUAGGAGUGAAGUAUAGAGAUUUCCCAUCACUACUGGACUACUUGGAGAAGAGAUGGCACACCAUGUGACUUUUUCCUAAUAAGUGACAGCUAAAAUGAGUAAUGAAAGCAACCAGUUUUUUUUUUUCUUUCUCCAAACGUUCAGUUUUCCCGAAAUUAUUUCUAAAAACACCCAGUUCGCUUGUGUAUCCACUAAAUUUAUCAUUCAGGCAGCGAACUGUUUCCUCCAGUCUGAUGUUUGCCAGUAUUGGGUGUUUAAUCAGUAUAAUUAAAGGGAUCCAGCUAGUAUUCAAAGAUAUUUACCGAAAGAUUGUGAUUUGUUUACAUGCUUCGUCACAUCAGUUUUAAAUCUUUGACCGAAGGAAUCAAAUAAACGCCUUUCCUAGCCGAUUCAUUCAUGUUUUACUCCGUAUAACAUUCAAUAUCCAGUGAUUUAAAUGUUCGUAGACUCAUUUGGAACUCAGUGCAAAAGUGCUUUAUAUGGUGAAAUCGAUUUAGUUUUUUUUAUUUAUGUAAUUUAUGGACCAGAUAUGUAAUUAGUCGGACUCACUUUACCAUCGGGAAUUGGGUCUCUACUGCUGUAAAAAAAACAAAAAAAUCCAUUGGCAAGUGAUCUUUUCCUUUUGGUAUUUCAUAAAUCGAUUGUCGCCGUUCUGUUCUGUUCCUUUUUUUUUUUUUUCCCGAAUAUUUGAAAUGCUUGAAAAUGGAGAGUUGAAUUUCCAUUUUAUCAACAUCGCUUUAUGCAAAUAGGAAAUUGAGAAUUUUAUUGGUGGUUGGAUUCUUAACUGGCCUCUGCUUGCGUUGUUUUUUGAGAGUUUGCUCUCGGUUUCGUCGUACCAUAUCUUAGUUCUCGCUUGAUUUAGCUUUUUUGGAUUCCAUAGCUAGCUGGCUUUUUUGGGGGGAGGGGGGGUCUUUAUGAUGUAAUUCAGGUGAGUUUUCAUACUUUUCAUUACAAGGGCUAAUUGUGGGCAGAGAAUGAAAGGACUCUAUGAAGACGAUAGAGCAAUAGGUACGCCGAAGUGGGUAUCUGAAUCAGGGACAGCGCGGGUGACGCCGCGGGAGUUGCGGUUUUCCGUAGGUUCAGCUUGCAGUGCAUCCAGGGAGCACCUUCGGAGAUCUUCGGAAAAUGUAUGCUAUUUCUUGCCGCUAGUCAAGCGACUUCAAAUUGAUUGUUUUGAUUUUGUACGUUUAGGAAUGAAGUAUUCGGUGGCGGUGGUGUCACUCGUUUCUCUUUGCCAUGUUUGGUUUCGGGGGUUGUGACGGUGUUGCUUUUGAGUCCUGUUACUUUACUAUUUUAUCGUACACCUUUUUUUUGGCCGACUGGCUAUGAAUUUGUUGCACAUUAGCACUCGUACGGUCUUAUUGGCUUUGUUCGAAUUAUUGAAACAUAGCUUGAGAGAACCUGAAUUUGCGAAAAUCAUCUCGCGUAAUGAUUUAAUAGACAAAAUAUUUGAGUCACUUAAUGGCACAAUUGUUUUUUUUUUUUAACUAGUAAUUGAAUGUAUUGUAGGAGGAUUCCUUUUUGUGACGAAUUACGUUGGAAGUGUCGUUUUGAAGGUGUAUACGCAAUUUUCCUUGUAAAUUUGCAGUUUUGUUGCGUUUAAUUAAUCCUAUAAGCCUUCUUUACAUAUACAUUUGGACCUUUAGUGCAUUUUACGAAUUGUUUGCCAAAUUGUGAACUUUUUUUUGUCUUUAACUAAACAAUCUUCCUGUGCUAGGCCAGUUAAGCUUUUUUGUUUUAUUUUGUUUAGUUUUCGUUUUUCAAACUUCCAGAUUUGCAUACCGUCAUUCUUCUGGGCGGGGCUUCACACUUCAUACAUUUUAAACUCUUCACUUGGGUGGGAUGGAACUAUCAGUCAUCAUAUGCCAAUUUCAAACUGUUUCGUUGUUGUACAAGUAGUGGACCUGCAAAUUUACAAUGGUAUUUCUGAACACGUGAACGUUUAAAGCUUUUGUACAUACAGCUUUCAUUUUAAAGGGCUUGGCCUAAUCUGAGAAACACCUUUCUUUAUCCAACAGAAACACUACAACCAGUCAUUUCGUUCCCAUUAAGUACCACAAAACAUCAGAAUACGUUGUACAGAUGGUAAAAAUAGCAUUGAUAUCCUGUUCUGCUGGUGUUCAAGGGAAUUUUUGGUCAUUCUCAACAAUUUGUGAUGAAGUUUGAUAUGUUUUUCCUUCCUGGGUUAAUGCACUGAACCUACUCUGCAGUAAUGGAUCGAACUCCACUCAUGUGACUUAUCUGUUCCUCCAAACUUGUUCCUGGUACUCUUGAGAGAUGCAGACACUAAUGAAUAGAAAUGACGCUUUCGCUUGGGGUCCACGCUGAUGUGAUGGAUGCGUACAAUAUGAAGCUAUCUUUCUUUAUUUUUUUUUCUGAUGUUGAUGCAUUACCUGAACACUUGUAUGUAGGACACUUUAAUAUAAUACAUUUGUUUUUGAUAAAACAGCUAAAAUAAACUUUUGUGUAGUGGUGUAUAAAAUCAAAGUAUUGUAUUACUUUGUAAUGUAUUUCGUGUUCGGUUGGUUGCUCUUUUUUUUUCUUCUUCUUCUUUUUUUUAAAGCAUACCAAAUGUAAAUGAUGUACUAUAUUGAGUGUGCCAAUCCCUUUGAUUUGUAGAGCCAGACUCUUUACAAGUGCCAAUGUUGUGGAAAUCAUUUAAAAAAGGACUUGUGUGUUUUAUGGUCCGGUUUUUAAAAACAAAUAAACAUUAAGUAUGUGAUUAUGGUAAACGCGCAACAGGAAAAGGACAGUUUUAUUCUGUAUUUAAGAUUAAAGAUGACAAACUGCUGUUUUUAAAAGAAAUGACAUUUUAAUUGCAUGUGUUUGUUUUUGGUGGAGAGGGUCGGGUAAAGGAGAAACCGUAUUAACGCGAAACCCUGCUGACAAGGGGCUUAAUUAUUGCUCAUUUACAGUAUUUUAGACAUAUUUCUCUUUUUGUAUGUUUCAUUUCAACCACUUUAGCCUGAACCUCAUUCAUACAUGAAAAUUACUUUCAUAGCUUUCUCCUUUAAAGAAAAAAAAAUAUCCAUUUUAAAUUGUAAUAAAUUUUGUUCCUAUA